AUGGUGUCAGUGGAGGCCAUGAAUGACUCUUCAGUGACUGAGUUUAUUCUGCUGGGUUUAACACAACAGCCAGAACUCCAGCUGCCUCUCUUUUUCAUUUUCUUAGGAAUAUAUGUGAUCACCAUGGUGGGGAACACUGGCUUGAUUAUUCUGAUUGGUCUGAACUCUCACUUACACAGUCCCAUGUACUACUUUCUCUUCAACCUGUCUUUCAUUGAUCUCUGCUACUCCUCUGUUGUUACCCCUAAAAUGCUGAUGAGUUUUAUAAACCAAAAUGUCAUCUCUUAUGCAGAGUGCAUGGCUCAGCUGUGUUUCUUCUCCUUCUUUGUUAUUGAUGAGUGCUAUAUUUUGACAUCAAUGGCCUAUGACCGAUAUGUGGCCAUCUGUAAGCCCCUGCUUUACAAGGUCUCCAUGUCCUAUCAGGUCUGCCUUAUGCUGACAGUGGGUGCAUAUGCCAUGGGGCUUGUGGGUGCCACGGCCCACACUGGAUGCAUGCUGAGACUCUCCUUCUGUGAUGGCAACAUCAUCAAUCAUUACAUGUGUGACAUUCCUCCUCUCCUCCAGCUCUCCUGCACAAGCACCUACAUCAAUGAGCUGGUCAUUUUCAUUACAGUAGGAGUCAAUGUCAUAGUGCCUGGUCUCACCAUUUCCAUUUCUUACACCUUGAUCCUCUCCAACAUCCUCCACAUCCGUUCUGCAGAAGGCAGGUCCAAAGCCUUCAGUACCUGCAGCUCUCACAUAACUGUGAUUUCUCUUUUCUUUGGAUCAUCAGCAUUCAUGUAUUUUAAGCCUUUUCCUGCUGAGUCACUAGAUCAAGAUAAAGUAUCCACAGUUUUUUACACCAUUGUGGGGCCAAUGAUGAAUCCUUUCAUUUACAGUUUGAGGAACAAAGAUGUCCUAGUUGCAAUGAAAAGGACAGUGAAGAAAAGUAUUCUGAAUAGAAAUUUUGUUAUUUAUUGA